AGCUCAGUGAGUGGUCGAACUAAAACGCGUAAAGUGCUCUCAACAACUCAAACGCACUGGAAUUGAUUCUCGCAGCUCUUAUAGAAGUGAUCUGACUGAACGGGAAUAAUGUUCGAAUUUAGAUUCUGGUUAAGGAUCGCCUCGUUGUUGUCGUUCUGUGCAUUAACCAUUUGUUUGUUUGUGAUCUCUUGUUGCUGUAGUUAUCAGCAUGAAUGGAUAAAAGCGAACACAGAUUUCGAGGAUUCCAUGUUCGCCAUGGACAUGUGGAAGCAUUCACCAUUUGGCAAGCUCAAGAUUUACAUUUUCAAUGUGACGAAUGCAGAGAAUUAUCUCAAUGGCCGCGAUGAGAAAAUACAUCUACAGCAGAUCGGUCCUAUAACAUACGAUAUUAAAAGUUACAACUAUAUACUCCAUCGCGCCAAGGACAGUGUGAAAUAUCAAAAGGAGCGCUUUCGUUACAUCGAUUUUGUGCCCUACGAGAGCAUUUCCCCGGACAUUCUCAGCAAGACCAUUAUACAGUUCAACAAAAGGUUUAGUUUUUUGUCCAGCAGCAUCAACGAUUUUCUACACAGCAUCUUUCGUCCUCUAAAUAAUAUAUUUGAGAGGAAAGAUGAGGAUUUUACAGUCAACAUUGGCCCGAAGCAUGGAAUGGAAAAUUUCUUUCGCAUACUGACUCUCAACGGAGAGCACUCGAUUAAGACGAAUGAUCGGGAAAUUUUCAAUGAGGGUUGUCCUAUCAAUGUGCAAGGAGCAUUUGACAAUUCACUCUUUCCGCCCUUCAUCACGAAGAACACCUCCCUGAAUAUCUUCGCCAGCGAAUUAUGUCGAGUUGUCCCACUUCAUUAUCAACGGGAGGAGAUGGAAGACGGUCUUAAAUGUUAUAGGUAUCUGCUCCUGCGGCCCAAUGAGGCAGCGCCUGAUUGCUUAUCUGAAGCAAAUGGCGUGCGAUUGCCCAAGGGCAUGUUUAAUAUACGGAAGUGUUUGUAUGAUCCUUGGCAUAAAGAGGAAGUUUCUUUGGCAUUCUCGGCACCACACUUCUAUGGCAGCAGCUAUAAUUGGUCAAAGUAUUUCGAGGGCCUCAAUCCCAAUACUAAAGAGCACGAAGCUUUUAUCCUGCUGGAACCCACGACUGGUAUACCGAUCAAUGAGAGGCUUCGAUUUCAGUCGAACACCAUUUUGAAAUCGGAUACGAUUUCAAAAUUCCCAGAUUCACCACAUAUGAUUGUGCCGAGAUUUUGGUACGACUUUGAAAUGGCUGAACUGCCGUUUAGUGUACGUUUCGGCCUUUAUAUUUAUGUCAGCGCAAUGCCAGUGCUGCAGCCAAUGAUUAUGGUGGUGUCACUGCUGGGCGCUAUUUGGAGUCUGUACAAAAUAGGAAGAUUAAUUCUGCAGAGAAAACGCGCUGCUGCAGUGGCAGAGGGCGGUCAGUCGUAUUAUCAUGAAAACACAACCUCAAUGUGAACAUAAUAUCAUUAGCUGAAUGGUAAAUUUUUUAAUGUAAAAUCGCGACAAAAUCGUUGCACUCUUAAUCAGUUUUAUUAAUAAAGAUCAAG